AUGGAGGUUCUUCCAGAGAGUGAUGAACGAAGACUAAGUGAAGCACAACAGAGAAUUCAUACAUUGAACACGGAACUCGCCAUGCACGAUGAUGCACAAGUACAGAUUGCUGUAUUGCGUAAAAAACUCUCUACAUGUAAAGAUCGAGCACAAGGUUUAGUGAAUAUGAUUGAUAGGCGCAUUACGUAUUUGUGCAAAUUAUGGGACGAAUACAUGGCGAAGAAGGACGAUAAUGAGAUAAUUGAACUAGCGAGAACUGCUGUAAACGAGCCGGUUUGCAUCGGUUUAAACAAGGAAACUGAUGGCGACUUCUUUACUAGAGUUAACAUCCUCAAAGAUAAGAUCGCUGAACUAAUACUGCUUGACGACCAAGCAGCUGAAGCUCAUAAACGAGCAACAGAAGAUAAUAAAACGCUCACCAUCGCAUCAAAAAGACUGAAAGAGGUCGAAGAACGCCACAAAGCUUUGCUAGCCACUAGUAUGAACUUUCGUUCCGAAGGACAGAAUCCUGCACGCACCAUGCAAAAGGCUGUCACAGCUCUUGAAAAGAGAUCAUUGUCAAAUAAUGCAAAUUCUGAAGAAAGGAGGGACAUAGAAGAAGUGGUCAGGGCAUUAGGUCAAUUGUUAGCGGCACUACCGAAUCAGGUCGUUCAUUCUGUAAACCACUCUCGUUCGCAUACGCCCGGUGUCCAUGAGGACUCUCGCCGUGGUUGGGCUACCACCUUGACUUCAACUGGGAUCAGUGGAACAACUGUGCCUACUAAUGAGUCUUCGAGUCUCUACACAACGUCGUCAUUCCUGUCAACACCUGCCGCAAAUCCUCAGCAGAAUGGAACGAGAUCAACAGAAGGAAUGCGCAGGGUGAAGAAAAUAGUUGAAACAUCCAAGUCAGCAUCAAGCACCAAUCAGACAUCAACAACGGAUAUUUGA